AUGAACCAAUCAAGCAGUCUAGAGAUCCAAGAGCCCAGCAUGAUACCAGCAGUUAGCAUGCUCGCUCUUCGCAGCCAGGGUGAGUUUUUCAUGGUCUGUGUCGUGCCCGUAAGCGCUCAACCUGAGAGCUCCGAUUGUUCAAUCUGUACGGAACACCUUGUCAAAGAUGUGGUACGAUUAGCUGGUGCAUGCGGCCAUACGUUCCAAACAUUGUGCCUUCUCGCCUGGCUUUCCGGUACUGCGCGCCGAAAUCGCGCUUGCCCAACCUGCCGCUGUGAGCUAUACGCCGCACCGGCGAAUCGAUCAUCGGAUUCGGCCGUUCCAAUCCGCACCGCAGGAUAUAUCAUCGCCCAGAGAGUAAACACAGAAGCUCGUAGAUAUUCAGGCCUGCUAGCAGCUAGCAGGCUUGUUCCAGGAGCUUUUAUGAGACCUCGGGGAUAUCAUGAAGAGAUGGACCUUCGAGUAGCGCACGACACUCCUCUUGCACAAAACUUUUCGGCAAUCGAUCCAAACAUGAUACCCCGUGCCCGUCGCGCGGCACUACGCCUUGGUAGUAAAGAGAUUCUUUUCCUGACACUCACCUUGACGGUUCUCAUGAGAGUAUUGUCACCAGAAUCAUUGCAACAAUUCCAGUUUUUAUGUUGA